AUGGCGGCCGGAUGCAGCGACACCUCAUUUUAUGACGUAGAUCAGAGGGUAGAAGAUGUCCGGCUGAUCCGAGAGCAGCACCCUAACAAGAUACCUGUGAUCAUUGAAAGGUACAAAGGAGAAAAACAGCUGCCCAUCUUGGACAAGACAAAGUUCUUGGUGCCAGACCAUGUCAACAUGAGUGAACUGAUCAAGAUUAUCAGGCGGCGCCUCCAGCUGAACUCCAACCAGGCUUUUUUCCUGCUGGUCAACGGCCACAGCAUGGUGUCAGUCUCUGCCGCCAUCUCGGAGGUGUAUGAGCGCGAGCGUGACCAAGAUGGCUUCCUGUACAUGGUCUACGCUUCCCAGGAGACCUUUGGCGCCGACCCGACCCCCCAGUGA